AUGUUGUCGUAUCUUGCGUCGGUUUGGGCCGCCCAGCUGAACGCCGAAAUCAUUCAGGCGGCCGUCAGCAACGAGCACGCACUCAAAUUUAACCUCAAAAAGAAUAUGGCCACUGGGCCCUCGAAAUAUCUGAUUGGGCUGCUCAAUUUUGGAGGUCGUCUGCUCAGCGCUAUUGGAACUGUGUUGUUAGUACAGGUGAUCGUCUCCUACUGCAAAAGAAGACGCUACAAUACAGUGCUGAAGAGCGCGGCAGGGGAAUCUGACGAAUUGAUUGGCGAAAUACACGGAGGGAUCACGGAGUAUGCAGGAGAGGGCUGUGUGUCUUGCUUCCAGUCGCUCACC